GAAAGCUUUUUGUUUCGAUGACUGUUUUACUGACUUGUGAGUUCUGACUGACGAUGAAAAAAAUAAAAAGUUCCUCAAGGAGGUGUAAAGAUUAUUGUACGGAGAAUUAAGCUUCCUUUGGAGAUGGCGUCCAUGGCGACCGGCGUCAGUUUUUCGAUGACUAGCGGCAUAGGAGAAGGAGGAUACGAUGUUCAUCGAGUAGCGACGGCUGCACGGACAACUCUGAAGCUGAAUCAGAAGAACUCACUGAGCGAGAGUACAUGCAUGCUUUUGGGGAUGAAUAAGUAUCGGGGAUCCGGAGCUAUACGAACCGUCUCGAAGGCUGUCGGUUACGGACAAGAGAUGAGUAAGAGUCUGAGGGUGGGACUCAUUUGCGGAGGUCCGUCGGCGGAGCGCGGGAUUUCUCUCAACUCUGCUAGAUCAGUUCUCGAUCAUAUUCAGGGUGAUGGUAUAAACGUGAGCUGCUAUUAUAUAGAUCCUGAUCUCAAAGCCUUUGCAAUUUCAUCCGCUCAGGUGUACUCGAAUACUCCUUCAGAUUUCGAUUUUAAGCUGGAGAGUCUUGCACAGGGAUUCUCGUCAUUAUCCGAAUUGGCCGAGCAUCUUGUUUCUGCUGUGGACAUUGUUUUUCCAGUAAUUCAUGGUCGAUUUGGUGAAGAUGGGGGCAUUCAGGAGCUGUUGGAAAGUCACAACAUUCCAUUUGUGGGGACUGGAUCCCGUGAAUGUUUUCGAGCAUUUGACAAGUAUGAAGCCUCUUUGGAGCUCAAGGAACUUGGUUUCAUGACAGUACCAAACUACUUGGUGCAGGGAACUGGAGUAGACAAAAGUGAAAUAGCACUGUGGUUUACAGAUAACCAGCUGGAUCUCGAGAUGGGAAAAGUUGUGGUAAAACCAGCUAAAGCAGGUUCAAGCAUUGGUGUCAAGGUUGCUUUUGGCGUAAAUGAUUCAAUUAAAAAGGCUACUGAACUUAUUCUAGAGGGAAUUGAUGAUAGAGUUGUUGUUGAGGUGUUUAUUGAAGAUGCAUAUGAGUUCACUGCCAUCGUCCUGGAUGUGGGUUCUGGUUCUGUUUGCCAUCCUGUUGUUUUGAUGCCUACUGAGGUGCAACUUCAGUUUCAUGGCAUUGGUGAUCCAAAGGAAAACGCAAUCUUCGACUAUCGGAGGAAGUAUCUGCCGACACAGCAGGUCACCUAUCACACUCCUCCACGUUUCCCUAUCCAUGUUAUCAAAAGUAUUCGUGAAGAGGCAUCUCUUAUAUUUCAAAAGCUUGGUUUACGUGACUUUGCUCGCAUUGAUGGAUGGUAUUUGGCUCCCAAUUCAAAUUUAUCAUCACCUGUAAGUGAAACGCUUGGAGGAACCAAGUCAGGAGAUAUUAUAUUCACAGACAUCAACCUGAUAAGUGGCAUGGAGCAAACUAGCUUUCUCUUCCAGCAGGCAUCUAAGGUUGGAUUUUCUCAUUCAAACAUUCUGCGAACAAUCGUCCACCGUGCUUGCUCGAGGUUUCCCCAUCUUGAUUGGUAUAAUUAUGGGUAUAGUCAAUUACUCCAAGGUUCAACAACCCUGGAAGUCUCUGAGGACCCCCAGAAAGUGUUUGUCAUAUUUGGAGGAGAUACUUCAGAGCGGCAGGUGUCCGUCAUGAGUGGAACAAAUGUCUGGGUCAAUUUGCAAAGAUAUGUAGAUCUUAAUGUAACUCCCUGUUUGCUUUCCCCCUCACUUAGCAACUCAUUAGGCGCAUCUUCGAACUUGGACAAUAGAGAAGUCUGGGUUUUGCCCUACUCGGUUGUGCUAAGGCACACUGCUGAGGAAGUUCUUGCAGCGUGCUUAGAAGCAGUCGAGCCUGUUAGGGCUUUAUUUACAUCUCUGCUGCAGAAGCAAGUGAUGGAGGAUCUUAUGGAUGGUUUUAAGAAUCAAAGCUGGUUUGCAGGGUUUGAUAUAACAGACGAGCUGCCCAGAAAGUACUCAUUGAAAGAGUGGAUCAAGCAUGCCAAGGAAGCUCAAGCAACUGUCUUCAUUGCAGUGCAUGGAGGAAUUGGUGAAGAUGGUACACUGCAGGGCUUGCUGGAGGAUGAAGGAGUUUCUUAUACAGGUCCAGGCGUACUAGCUUCAAGGACUUGUAUGGACAAGGUUAUGACAUCUCAGGCUCUUAGUAAUCUUUCAGAGUUUGGAAUUCAUACCAUAAGCAAAGAUGUGAAGAGAACAGAGGAUAUAAUGCAUGAGACCUUCCCAAAUGUUUGGGAUGAAUUAAUCAAGAAGCUUCAGUGUCUCACACUAUGUGUUAAACCAGCAAAGGAUGGAUGUUCCACUGGCGUUGCAAGAUUAUGUUCCUCUGAAGACCUUGCUGUAUAUGUACAAGCUUUGAAAGAUUGUAUACCAAGAAUUCCUCCAAACACUCUUUCUAAGACACAUGGAAUGAUUGAGAUGCCAAAUCCUACUCCAGAAUUCUUGAUUUUUGAACCAUUUGUCGAAACCGAUGAAAUCAUAGUUUCAUCCAAAGCCAAGCAGCAGCUCUCUUGGAAAGGUAGGAGGCGGUGGGUAGAGAUGACUGUGGGUGUAAUUGGAAAGCGUGGGUCAAUGCAUUCACUGAGUCCUAGUCUUACUGUCAAGGAAAGUGGGGAUAUAUUGUCUCUCGAGGAAAAGUUCCAAGGUACUCUCACUUGUCUUUCUUUGCCACUUCAUGUCUUCUUUUGACUUUAUGAGAGAAAUAAUUAGUCUUUACAGUGGCAUAUGAAAUUAAAUCUUGAAUAGGAGGCACUGGCAUAAAUCUUACUCCACCUCCACCAACAAUCAUGAGGUUUGUCUAUAGUUUCUUUUGGGAUAUUAUUAGUACAUGGAGUAGAAUAAAACCAUACGAAACAGAGCAUUUUACUUUGUAGGAAAAGGGGCUAUUUAAGCUCUUUAAAAAGCUAUUCUUGUUACGGUUAGCAAAUUCAGGUUUUCGGUCGAAGGAAACUAUAAACUAAUUUGAAACUUAAUGUGUUGUCAGCUCCAAAAAAGUGAGUUUCGUUUUAGUUUUGGGGUAUAAAAAAUCCUAUAACUAAAUCAAGAUAUUUAUCAGUUUAUUGGCUUUUGUUGACUUUGGUUUAACCAAAGAACACAGAGGGUAAAGUAUAAAGAAGCUUAUGACUAAUGUUGUGAGAUUUCAGUAAGGAAGCUUUGGAGAGAUGCAAACAAGGCAUUGAGCUGAUUGCAGAAACUCUCGGCUUAGAAGGGUUUUCACGGAUCGAUGCUUUUGUGCAUGUUGAAACCGGAGAGGUGCUGGUUAUAGAGGUAAACACAGUUCCCGGAAUGACUCCUUCCACUGUUUUAAUCCAACAGGCAUUAGCAGAGCAGCCGCCAAUGUACCCUCCUCAAUUCUUUCGCACUCUGCUCCAUCUUGCUACGCAGAGAGUUGUGUAAGCUUUUCUUUGUCUUUCGUAUUUACAUUAUUCCCAAGUUUAGUGUGUUUUUUGUAAAUUCGAUGCCUUCGUCAUAUGAUUAAAAUAAAGUGGAUCCCAUAUGUAUGAGCUAUGAUUUGAAUUUCAUUUCGGUAUAUAUUUUAUGAAUUGUAAAUUUGCAA